AUGAGCACAGCGACGCUUCAGACGCCGCAGCAACAGCCGCCGCCGCAGCGAGCGGCCUCAGCUCAGGGCCAUAGACAGUAUCUACGAAACAGCAACCCUCAAAACAGUCGGAGCGCCUCUCACCCACAUCCCAGUCGUCAGUACGAUAAGGAACAAAUCCAGAAAUAUGUCGAUCCUGCCCGGCCCAAAGAGGAGGAGGAGGAGAUUAUGUCUCCGGAGGAGGUCUCCAAGGCCCCAGAAGAGAAGAAGCUGGGCCAGUCAUCCCGCACCCUCAAGGUCACCGACUUCGAGUUGAUGCGGACCCUUGGAACCGGUACCUUUGCGCGAGUCUGGCUAUGUCGCUUCGCCAAUCCUCAUCCGCAGGACAGAGACAAGGUCUUCGCGCUCAAAGUCCUGAAAAAGGUGGAUGUCAUCAAAUUGAAACAGGUCGAGCAUGUCCGAAACGAGCGGGAUGUCCUCGCCGCAGUUGCUGGACACCCUUUUAUCACUACCCUAAUCACAUCAUUCUCCGACGAGACCUCACUGUACAUGCUGCUGGACUACACCCCUGGCGGAGAGAUCUUUUCGUAUCUUAGGCGGGCUCGUCGCUUCCCCUUUUCAACCGUCCAGUUCUACGCAGCCGAAAUCACUCUGAUUUUGGCCUACCUCCACGAGGUGCAAUUUGUUGCAUAUCGAGACCUCAAGCCGGAAAACAUCCUCCUCGAUGUCGACGGACACCUCAAACUGGUCGACUUCGGUUUUGCCAAGUACCUUCCGGCUAGUCCAGACCAGCAUGGCGAGAAUGGCCAGAGCGCCACCCUUGAAAAGCUGGGCACAGAGCAUCCCGAACCCCAGGCCAACGGGGCGGGUGUCACAUAUACCCUCUGCGGCACGCCUGAAUAUCUUGCGCCCGAAGUGAUACGAAACACUGGUCACGGAACCGCGGUCGACUGGUGGGCACUGGGUAUUUUGGUCUACGAAAUGCUGAUCGGUCAACCACCGUUUUGGGACCAGAACCCGAUGCGCAUCUACGAGCAGAUUGUUGCGGGUCACAUCCGCUUCCCUACUGCGCAUCCGUCUCAACACGGACACCGUCAUAGCCUUCACGUGCCCCGGGCUGCACGAGAUUUUAUUCUUGCCCUGUGCAAGACCGAUCCGACUCAACGACUCGGGCACAUUGCUGGUGGGAGCAAGAGAGUGAUGCAACACUAUUUCUUUGAUGGCAUUGAUUGGGAUGAAAUAUACUACCGGAAGAAGCGGGGGCCCAUUAUACCUAGGGUGGAAUGGGCUGGCGAUGCAGGCAACUUCGAUGAGUAUCCCGAUCCCAUCGAGGGUGAAGAGAGUGAGAGUGGGAGAGGCAGAUACACAGACGAACUACGGGAAGAGUGGGAAGACGCAUUCAAGGACUUUUAG